GAGCAAAGGCCCCAGAGCCCGGCGUCUCUGCCACGGGCAGCCGUUUCCGAGGAGCUCUGCAUCCCCGACCUGCUCCAGUGCUGGGAAAUACUGUGCCCUAAAGAAUCCGAUCGAGAGCCAAACGGAGAAGCAGUGAGGACGAGAGGGUUGGCAGCAACGUGUGGCAGCCGGUUGGUAAAGCGUGAAUACCUGAAGGUGAAUGUGGUGAAGACCUGCGAGGAAAUCCUCAGUUAUGUGCUGGUACGAGUGCAACCCUCGCAGCCCGGCCUAUGACACCCCUGCUUCUCCCUUCUCUCAGCCCAGCUCCAGAUUGGGGUCAUCCGGGUCUACUCACAGCAAUGCCAGUACCUUGUAGAGGACAUCCAGCACAUCCUGGAGCGCCUGCACCGUGCCCAGUUGCAGAUCCGAAUAGAUAUGGUGGAGACUGAACUACCCAGCCUGUUGCUUCCUAAUUGCCUGGCCAUGAUGGAAACCCUGGAAGAUGCUCCAGACCCCUUUUUGGGGAUGAUGUCUGUGUAUCCCAGGCUUCCCAGCCCCUUCGAUAUACCUCAGAUCCAACACCUUUUGUAGGCUGUGACCCCAGAGAGAGCCCCUGAGGAGAUCCCUCCCAAAGUCCCCAAAGAGCCUGGGAACCCAGAGAGGACCCUGGUCACUGUGCUGUCUCAGGAGGCCAUCACCCUCCAGGAAGCAGAGCCCAUACGCAUGCUGCAGAUCGAUGGUGAACGAGACCUCCCAGAGGUUAGCCAUCGAGACUUGGACCUGCUCAUUGCUGAGGAAGAUGAAGCUAUCUUGUUGGAGGAACAAGUGUCCAAGGAGGAACCCCGAGCCCCAGAAGUGGAAACUAUAGUUCCCCCUCUCUCACCUCUAGCUCUUCCACAGUUGGAAGAGGUGGCAGAGCCACUUCCAGGCCAGGUCCUGGCCCCAGAGGAGGUGAAGCCAGCAGUCUGGGAGCCGGAGGCCCUGCUUGCUGAGGUGACACCCCCGCCCCUGCAGGAGCUGCAUCUCCUAGCCCCACUCAGCCCAGAGAGGAGGCCCCCAGCCUCCCCACCUGCUAGCCGCUGCCGUAGUCGCCGCCGCCAGUUACUGUUCUGGGACAAGGAGACUCAGAUCUCCAGGGAGAAUUUCCAGAAACAACUGCAAACCAGAGCUCAUUGCUGGGAGUGUCCGAUGGUGCAGCCCCCUGACAGGAUCAUCAGAAGCCCCACAGAGAUGUUUCAAACCCCAACUUACUCUGGCUGGCUACCCCCAGAACUGCUGGCUUUCUGGACCCGCUGUGCCCAGCCACCCCCAAAAGCACUCAGACGAAUGCCCCUGGAGCCUGAAGAGGAGGCUGCUGAGAGGGAUGCAGCAGCUGAGGAGGUAAGGAGAAAAACGGAAACCCUGAGUGAUAUCGAGGUCCUGAGGGAGGCCCAAGAGCCCAGUGGGCCCCUUAUGCUGUCUUCAGAGCUCUCCAUAGAAGCAGCUGAGGAGGAGAAGUCUCACAUCAGCUUCAUCCUCCUGGAGAAGCGAUGGGCCUGGGCUGAGGUGGAGCAGCCAGAGCCCCCUGUAUUGCCUGUGGUGCCCGAACUCCCCGAGGUGCCCAUGGAGAUGCCUUUGGAGCUGCCUCCGGAGGCAGAGCUGCUCUCACUUGAGGCUGUGUACAGGGCAUUGCCACUGGAGCUGCAGGCCAACAGGAAGCCAGAUUUCAGCAGCUUAGUGUCACCUCUUAGCCCUCGCAGGAUGGCUGCCCGAGUCUUCUACCUGCUCCUGGUGCUCGCAGCCCAGCAGAUCUGUCGCAUGGAACAAGAGAAGCCAUACGGGUGCCUCCUGAUCCAGCCAGGGCCCUGAUUCCAAUGUGGUUAGAACCAAUUUAGAAGCUGCCAAGAAACCAGCUAUGUUAAAUUCUGUCUUGCCUUACUAGACUGCCUGUCUCCUUUCU